AUGCCUGUGAACGCAUCUGUCGAGAUGAUCAAAUGUUGUGAACAAUUUUUGACCGAUGAUGACAUAGAUUGCAAUGUAAGCCAAUUAUAUACCACGUAACUAAUUUCCCUGUUUAUCAAUAGGUCAAUUAAACAAAUUUAAGCUCCGGUAAUGUAAUUAAACUAGGAAUGUGAUUUUAAUAUCACUUGAUAUUUUAAUUAAUUUAAGAUAUUUGGUCAAAGAUUUUAACUCGAGAUUAGAUUCAAUUAUUAUCAGGUAUCAAAUGUUGUUUGAAUUUACCAAUGUAGGUACUUUUAAUUUGAAAUGUUGUUUAUUUUACUUUUACUUUAUUACAAUAAAAAAUACGGAGGGCUCAAGGCCGACCUCUGAUGAACACCUACUCAGAGAUGCUAUAUUAUUUUUUACACACACUUCUUACACUUGUAUUUAAAUCCUCUGUCAAAUAAUACAAUUUCAGAACUCAUUUUCUUCACAUUCUUGUACAUCUCCUUUUCCUUAAAAAAUGAUACAGAUAACAAUUCAUUAAUUGAAUAAAUUCAACUUCAAAUUGAGAUCUUAAGUUCGUUAAAAUUAUAAUUUGUUCAAUCUAUUGUUAGCUUCUAUCUGAAACUAGUAAACUGAUCAUUUAGUUGGUCAUUGAAAAAAUAAGCUUGGAUUAAGUAUUUGAAUUGAUUUAUAAUUAACGAAUCGAAAUAAAUAUUAAUGAAAAAUUAAGAAUAACGAUUUUAUUAUAAUUAUAUUAUAUAAACACGUUUAGCAUAUGCGACUGGAUGGUUCGAGAGUUAUGUUGAAAAAAAAUUCCAUCACCAACUGUACACUUAUCUAUCCAAAUGCGGUAAAUACAGAUUUAUUUUUACAAAAUUACCUCUAUUACACAAAUAGCUUAAAACUAAUUAUAUACGUAAUAAUUCAAUCAGUUUUAAAUUAUCAAAGGUAUUAUGACAAAAAGGUAAAAUAUACCUAAAAUUGUUUAGAUUUAUAUUUAAUUUAAUUAUUCAAUUAAUAACAAACGUGUUUUUAUAAUACUAUUCUUUUUUUUAUUUUUUUUAUUAAUAGAAUUUAUCGAAUAUUUUGUAAAUUUACAUUUAUACAAAAUUACCUUUAAAUAAACACGACUGCAAAAUUCGUGCAAUUACUAGCCACAGUUAAUAAUAAUAAUAAUAAUAAUAAUAAUUGAAUGAUAUUUUCUAUUUGAACAAUUUUAUAUUAGGAAUAUAAAUAAGAUUUUUAUUUAACAUGUUUUAUAUAAUUUGUUUAGUAUCCACUUAACCGUAAGGGUGUAUGCAAUGUAAACAUUACAUUAUACGACAGUAAUCAAUGCAACAUAAUGGAAUUCAUAGAAAAUAUUCCUUUCGACACGACUAUAAAACCACAAGAUAUUAUGUUUUUAUUUAAAAAAAGUAAGUAGAUAAUGUGAAAUAACUUCGUACGUGUUAACGUAUGACUUGUUACUUGUUAUAAAAUAACAAUCGGGCAACCAAUUUGUAAAUAUUUUUAAAGUUUUUGUCAUCAUUCAAAUUAAAAAUACAAAUAAAAAAAUAAAAGAGUCAACACUACUAAUGAGUGAUAUUGUUACAUUUGGAAAGCUAUAAAACUAGAUUGUAUAGUAUACAUGAAUGUAUUUAUUUAUAUCUGCGACUAUCUAUACAUAUAUAUGUAUGCGACGAUAUAUACAUAUAUAUUUAUGCGACGAUAAAUCAAUGUUAAUAAAUACGAUUCUGAGCGAAAUACGAUUAAUCAUGUUCUGAAAUUCCGUACACGAUUUUUAUCAAAAUUUGGACUUGAAGUAUUUUUAAAAAAAAAAAUGACUACAUUAAACUUAAAUAAUUAUUUUUUUUACAUCAAAUACAACUUAUGAUCAACCACACUGUAAUAAUACGAGUACAUGAGAAAUAAUCAAAUAUUAUAAAAGUUUAAUGAAACAAGACAAUUUAAUGAGUCAUAUUAAUUUUUAUACGUAAUGUUUAAACACUUAGAUAGGUUUCGGUAGGUAUAUUUAAAUAAAAUGAGUUAAGUGGGUGGCUAUACAAAUAUUUGGUCCUUAGGUAAACAUAGUUAAUCAAGCCACUGGACCCACAUUUAUAGCUUGAAUUGGUUAAAAAAACAUGAUCAAUAUAAGUGCCUAUAAUAUUUAUAACCUAAACCUUAUAGACAUCUAUAACUAGGUACCUAUAGCUAGGUGCCUUUCUAUAAGGAAUAAGGUGUAUAAGGAAUAAAUUGUUUAAAGUAUUUUUAAUUUAUAUAGAAAUAUUUAUUGUGUUUUCGCAUUCAUUAGGUUUUCUUAAUAUUGACAAACAGUUUCGAUUAUGCGAAUCAAAGGAUGAGGAUCCUGCAGAUUUAUGUGAACCGGUCAACUGCCACAUGAAAUACCGAGGAUCAAAAAGCUGGUUUGACCCUAUUAAACGUCAGUGUGUACCUAUUCCAGUGUGUGAUAACAGUAAACCAGAUUCAUCAAAUAUAGUAAUCAUGAAAAAAAAUUAUGAUUUCAAUACUUGUUAACAAAUAUUAAUAUUUACAUUAUUUAAAUUAUAUUUUUAAUAUUAAGUCUAUAUAAUACAAGAUGUUCUAUGGGAUUUGUAUAUAGUUAGUGUAAGUAAAAUUUUUUUUUUUUUAUUCAAUCAAAUAUUCUUUCAGGACAUAUAUAUAUAAAGAGAAAAAAUAAAAUGUAUAUUAUCACCCGUCAAUCACUUUCUAUUUAUUCACUUUUCAACAUUUUCAAAAUAGAUGAUUUUCAAUAAUUAAAAAUUAUUAUUAAAAUUUGCCAUGUAACAUACAUAAACAUCAAAUGAAUAAUUUCUUAGUAAAAGUUGAUUUUAAAAAAGUUAUAUUUAAUACCUAGAUUACCACGUUACGUGAUUUUAAGUUAUAAUCGUAAUGCAAUUAAUAUCACUUUCAACCAAUAACUAUUUUUACUAUAAACAGGUUUUUUUAUCACGUAAUAAUGUAGUAGCUUACAAAUAUUACCAACUAAAACGAUUAUAACUAAAAAAAAAAUAUUAAUCAGAUAUAAAUGUAUAGUAAAUUCAAAAUGUCCAGAGUAAUAACUUUAACAAUAUAUUAUAUGAGUAUUUUCAAAAUUUUGAAAAGAUGAAAACAAAAAUAUAAUGUUUAGAUACAAUAUGUGUCCCCAUGACAAAAUAUCUGAUUAUAUAAAAAAAAAUACUAAGGACUAGUACAGUCACUAUUGUGGAUAGGAAGUUGGGAAUAUAAGAAAUAUAGUUAUUCAAAUUAUAUAUGUACGCAAAAGAUAAAUAAUUGCUAACGAAAGCGAUUCGGCACGAAGUUUAGCGAGACAUAUUUUGAAAUGUCUUAAUUUUAUGAUUUUCAUCAAAUUUUCAUUUGAUCUUAAAACGCUUAUAAAAAAAAAAAAACCAUAUAACAUUAAACUCAAAUUUGUUUUUAAGACCACUAAGGGUAAUUUAUAAUGUACAUUCUGUUAAAUUUUCAAGAAUUUCUCUUAAGUAAUAUAAUUUUAAUAACAGAUACCUACCUACCAAAUAAAAAUACAUAUAAAAACCUAUAAAAAGUCUAAAAAUAGGUAGAAUGUUUAGAAAAUUGAACGUCUACAAAAAGCCAAUAAAAAUAUGUGAAAAUUACAGAUAUCCACAAUAAUUUUUAAUCGAAUAACAAAAAACUCCAAUGCCGUAUACUUUUCCGUAAUUUCUACGAUUUUUCAGGUUCUUCAUAAUUAUUAGGAAAAGUGUACGGAGAAAAAAACAAACACUUUCUUAUUUAUAAACUGACAAAUAUAAAACAAGCACACAUCAUAAUAAAACUAUUGUGCUCCAUAUAUAAAAAAAAAUGAAUAUUAACAAAUAUUUAUUUUUUAAUAAUUGGGAACCCGCUUAGGAAAAAUAGUAAAGUUUUUCGGCAUUGCCGGUUUCAUAAGUGUCAAUUUUUUUUUUUUUUUUUAUUUCGAUUAAAAAUAAACACAGAAAACUAACAUGUUCAUAGAACAUACUUUACGUGAUAAAAUUUUCAAACAAUUCUCGAAAUUAUUAAGCUUGUUAUGUGCAUUUAAUAUUUCAGUAUUGGUUUAGAUUUUUAUUUAGUUUAAUGUAAAUAAAAUUACUUUGCCAAAUAGAUAUUCUUGAAAGUUGAAUACGUGAUUCUUUAUAGGUUCAACAUAGUGGUCAAAAACAAAAGUUAUGCGUGGUAUGUAGUUAUGUAGUAGUUUUUUUUUUAAAGGCAUUUUUAAAUCAAAAUUUGAUGAACAUCAGAAAUAUUGCGACCUUUCAAAUCAUCUCAUAAACAGGGGCGUCUUUAUAGGGGAGAUAAGGGGGCAAUCGCCUCCCUCCCCCGGGAGAGAAGUGGACUUACUUUGAUGUUUGACAUGGUCAUUGGACCACAAGUAGAUAAAAUCAAUAUAUUAUUUGACAUCAUUUUUUUUCUUAUCGAUUAUUAUUAAAUAAUUUAUUUACUUCGCCUUCUCCCUGAUCAUAAUCAAACUUCGAUCGCAAUCGUUUUAUCAUUAAUUACAAAUAUAAAUUAAAUAAAUAUGUAAAUUCUUAAAAAAUUAAUGAAUUAAAAAAAAAUAUUAAUUGUUUUUUUUAAAUAUCACAUGUUUGUUCAUACUAAAUACAUAUAUGAUGGCUGUUAUAUGCAACUUAAUCACGCUUAUUAAUGUUGCAUCAAAUAGUGUUUUCCGCAAUAAAAAACUACAAUUCAUAAAUAACUAUAUAUUACAACAAUACGACAAUACAACACCAUUAGAUUUAUUUUUAAAGACUGCGAGACUACGAUUAAUUUGAUUUUUUUUUUUAGUGUAAAAAAUAAAUGUCUAUAUUAUUAUAAAAUCUAGAUUGGUAUGUAUCAUUAAACCCACACUUUAAAUUCCAAGCAGUGAGAGAACAUAAUUUCAUAAUUGUAUUUUUGUUUCAGAAUACACUGAUUUUUUAAAAUAGUAAAAUAGUUCAAAGUUUUAUUCGUUACUUUUUUAAAUUUCUGUAGACAUUUUAUUCAAGAAAGUGUUAAAUUUCAAUAAUUUUACAUACUCAUAAACGUUUACAAUUGUUUUUUCAAACUUUUUCACUAUUGUCAGUAUUAUUAAUUUGUCACGUUACUUUUAAAUUUAUAUAUAUAUAUGGUACCGUAAAGGUACUCUUAUAAGGUAUAACUUCUCAUUACUUCAUAAAAUAUUGCCUAUGUUAUUUUUACUUAAUAUUUAUUUUAAUUGUUAUGUUAAAGGUGUAUGAUCCAUAUAGUAAUACGUGCAUAACUUUGGCCAAUGACAUAUCAAUAAAAGACAUCGAUUCAGUGUUAUAUGAAACACAAGAUUUAAGACCGAUAAAUAAAACUAAAAAAUCGUACCAGUCAAAUAUACGGUGUCAUCAUGGCAAGAUGGACGAAAUAAACAAACUUUGUAUUUGUCACGAUGGAUGGAAAAGCGCUCAAAAUUUGAGUUUCCCAAUCGUUUCUACAGUGCCUAUUCACAUGUGCACUAUACAAAUCAAUAAUAAUAUAAUUUCCAAAUAUUUACCGAUUAUGAAAAAAAUGAAUUCUACAAAUUGGGUAUCCUUUUAA